AUGGCGGCUCGCUUAGACAACAUGGAAGCUGAAGUCAGGGACCUUAGGACCAGGUCUAGGUCAGUGAGCCCGGCUCCCCACCGAGCCGUGGAACAGAGUCCCAGAGGGUCGACGGUGGCCAGCACCCUUGGUGGCAAGCCUGUAAUCGAUGAUUUACAAAUCGUUAUUGGUGGAUGGGAUGAAGCUAGGCGUAGCGAUGCCGAACGGGAAGUCAGGCUCCUCUUCGAUAAGAUAGACGCAGCGCCCCUCCUCCAUAACAUCACCAUUCCCUUCGUAAGGACCAAGUUUGCACGCGUGGAGCUCCUGUUUACCAACAGCAAUCUGGGAGAGAGAAGGCGCAUCCAGAACCUCACCAUCCAAGCCCUGAAGGAGAAACUCGAAGAUUACGUCAGUUGCAUCCCAGGACAAGAGCGUGCCAAGCUUUGGGUUACACGUAACAGAAGUAAAGACGAACGAGAGAAAAUCAGAGCCCUUGUGAGCAUCCGCAACUGGGCAAAAAAGCACCUUUCGGAGGUCUUUAUAGACCUUGACUGGUCGGGCAGGCUUUGGAUCCGUUCGGAACAGGUGCUGUUCUGGCAUCGCUACCGCGAGCCGAAUGACAAUUCAAUGAUGUUGACGAAUGUUGCUGGUGAUGAAACUGGCUGGUUCGUUGAUGUCAGCCAGCUUGGCAGGUUGCUCUCGCUCAGCCCAGAUCAGGUGCGGAAUGAACUCCAGGACUGA